GAUCAUGGCACUCGUGUCGUCUCGCUCUGGUGGUGUCCUUGUCCAACGAUCACCCUCCGUGUGUCUCUGAGAGGAACCAUGCUGUCGGGAAGCUGGCGCCGUGGAACCGUGAUCUCGGGGUCCAGGCUGGGCAGUACUGUGGUUCUGGAGGCUCAGUAUGAUUACUCGUACCGCGCCGUCGACGGCCAUCUGGUCUCCAUACACGAGGGCGAGCGCUUUCUGCUGCUGAAGAAGACCAAUGCGGACUGGUGGCAGGUGCGGAGGAUCGGGGUCGGCGCGAAGGUCAAACCCAUAUAUGUGCCGGCGACAUACGUCAUUGAGCUGCCUAUCAGCCAGUUCCGCCCCUCUCUGCCCUCCAGCCAAUCAGCAUCCGAGAGCUUCAAGAUGAUUCCACGAGGUUCCCUCACACCCUGCAUGCAAACGCACGGCUCAGUGCCUGAUAAGCAGUUCUGUCGUUCCAUGGAGAAUCUCAGCUGCAGCAGUGCCUUGAUGGACAAACACAGAGUAUCAGCGCAAGGACGUUUCCCGACAUUACCCCUCUCCGGUUCCUCCGCCUCACCCUCGGGUCACCUCUCGGUUCCGGGCGUCCCGAUCGCCCACUGCCAAAGCUCCAGCAACCUUCCCCAGAACCCAUACCAGAACCAGGACCCGAGCCCCAGCAGCCCGACUAAAUCCUGCAGCCAGUGGGACAUGAGCGCGGCCGCUCGCAGACACACGCAGGGACGCAUACAGAUCUCAUCAUCUGCCUACAUUUCCCAGAGUUCCCUGUCAGAGCAGGGGAAGCAGCAGUGGGCGGAGCCUCCCAAGCCGUUGCCGGGUCAACGACCCCUGCAGACGCUGCAGCUGUGGGAUCAGUACUGCGACCCCGGAACCGGACGCUGUUACUACGUCAACACUGUUACCGAGGAGCGCUCGUGGAAACCUCCGCGCAGAGCCCGCGAGAGCCACGCCCACCAAAACAAGGUCGGGAUGGUUCAGCGUGACAUCAGGCACCUGUCGCUCCCAUUACAGAACUCAGGAAGCAGCUCAAUGCACAGGCUCUCGCCUGACCUCUCCUACAUUACCCAUGAUGCCAAUGGCUGGCAGCUGAGUCAGAGCAUGCAGCACAUGGCGUCGUCUGAAGCCCUUAGCUCCGCCUCUGGUGCGUUAGGCGAUGCCCAUCACAGAAACCCCGCCUUAGCAGGGGGCGUGGCACACGUCAGCCACUCCUACUCCAUGUUCCUGCCCUCACAGGCGCAGAGAGCUUCUGCAAACGGCAAGUCAGAUUACAGGCUGGGGGUGGAGCCUCCUUCAUCUGGCAGCUCACCAGACACUGAAGGAGUCACACCGUUAAAAUGUCUCAGCAUCCUCAGGAAAAACUGGAACCUGUCAUGGGUGGUGCUGGUGGGAAACAGUCUCGUCUUCUUCAAAGACCCCAAAAGCCAGAAUCCUGACAGCUGGAAACCGGGUAACAGUCGUCCAGAGAGCAGCGUGGAUCUGAGAGGAGCUCAGCUUCAGAAAAACUGGAACCUGUCAUGGGUGGUGCUGGUGGGAAACAGUCUCGUCUUCUUCAAAGACCCCAAAAGCCAGAAUCCUGACAGCUGGAAACCGGGUAACAGUCGUCCAGAGAGCAGCGUGGAUCUGAGAGGAGCUCAGCUUCAGUGGGCCAACGAUCUGUCCAGCAGAAAAAACGUCUUUAAGGAUAAGGAGAAUCCUUUAGAUAAUGUGCUGCUGUAUUCUCUGAGGAGAGCCGGAUCUGUGGAGAUGCUGGAUCAGAGCGGAGACGAGGACGAGAAUCGCGGUGGAAAUAAGGCUUCGUUGCCUCGCUCCACGUCUAACCUGGAGAGCUCGGAGCACAAGCGUGUGAAGAGCCGCUUGAAGAAGCUGAUUCUCCGGAGGCCUCCGCUGCAGACGCUGCAGGAGAAAGGACUCAUUAAAGAUCAGGUGUUCGGCUGCGGGCUGGAGCUGCUGUGUGAGCGAGAGAAAAGCAGCGUCCCUCAGUUCGUCAGGAAAUGCACCGAUGCUGUGGAGAGGAGAGGUUUGGAGACUGAUGGGAUUUACAGAGUCAGCGGGAAUCUGGCCGUCAUUCAGAAACUGCGCUUCGCUGUCAAUCAUGAGCGAGCCGUGACCACGGACGGACGCUAUCUGUUCCCUGAGGAUUUAGUUCAAGAGCGUCUGGAUCUGGACGACCCGCAGUGGGAGGACAUUCACGUCAUCACCGGAGCGCUCAAGCUGUUCUUCAGAGAGCUGCCCGAGCCGCUCGUGCCGUACGGAUUCUUCCACGACGUCGUCGAGACCGUCAAGCUAUCUGAUUACCUGGAUAAGGUGGACAGACUGAAGCUGCUGGUCCUCAGCAUGCCUCCACACAACCAGCACACAUUACAACACAUGAUCCAACACCUCAGACGGGUGAUGGAGCGCUCCGACAGCAACCGCAUGACCACGCAGAACAUCGGCAUCGUGUUCGGCCCCACGCUGAUGCGCCCCGAGAACGAGAGCGGAAACAUGGCCAUUAACAUGGUGUAUCAGAACCAGGCCGUGGAGCUGCUGCUGAGCGAAUACCAGCGGAUCUUCAGAACCGAGCAGACGGGAUCCUACUGAAACAAUCCCAGACUGCACUGGGACACGAGGACGAGUCUGGAGACAGAUGGACUCAGAUCUGCAUCAUUACUCCACAAACUCACCGGAGAUAUAUGAGAGGCGUUUAUGAGAACACGACCGGGUCACAUUUCAGCUCAGAUGUCAGAAAUAAUAAUAGUUAUAAAAAUAAAUUAUAUUUUGCAUAAAGAAAAUUA